UCUACAUAUCUUCUUAGACCUUAAAAAUUUCCAUCAAAAAAAAAAAACCAUACCAUAUUUUAUUGAGCUUAACUUGUUUACAGUUUACACACACCUAACAACUAAAAAAAAAUGUCAGCAACCACAGCAGGUCUAAGCAGCAGCAGCUUAUUAGCAGCAUGCAGCUCAAAGCAGCAGCAUAAUGUCCAUGUCCAAGUAAAAUCCAUCUCAUUUUCCGGGCUGCGGCCAUUGAAACUGAAGAUGCUGAAGACUAACAGUAAAUUUUCGACGUCCGAAUCUCGACGAUCAAUGACUUGUAGAGCUGAACUGAGCCCAUCAUUGGUGAUAAGUCUAAGCACAGGACUGUCACUUUUCUUAGGAAGGUUUGUGUUCUUUAACUUUCAAAGAGAAAAUAUGGCAAAACAAGUUCCAGAACAAAAUGGGUUAACCCAUUUCGAAGCAGGUGAUAGCAGGGCUAAAGAGUAUGUUAGUCUUUUGAAAUCAAAUGAUCCAGUUGGGUUUAAUAUUGUUGAUGUUCUUGCAUGGGGUUCUAUAGGUCAUAUUGUUGCUUACUAUAUUUUGGCUACUGCUAGUAAUGGUUAUGAUCCUAAAUUCUUCAACUAAUUGUGAGUUUAGUUGGGAGAAUUGAGAAUUUGUUUUUCUUUCUUCUACUAUAAGUAUGUUAUUGUCAUUUUAUUUAAGAUCAUCGUUUGUGUGUAAUUAUAACAGACUAUGUUGAAAUGUUAUUGCAGUAUUGUCAUCUUUGAUC